CAUAAACCUGCAAAAGCAAGUCGCGUUCCAUUAUUUUUUGUAAUUGUAAUUAUCGAAUAAAACACUACUAUUUAAUAAUAAAAUUCAAUGAAAGUGCUGUUAAACAUGUGCCGUCACGUGUUCGAGUACCGCAGGAAACUGAUCCAAUGCAGAUACGCUAGUAGCCGGGCUGAAAAGAAUCAGCUGAGGAUCCUGUUCUUCGGUACCGAUUCCUUCUCACUUCCUAGCUUAAAAAUUAUCAACGAAAAUCGAAAAUCCGGUCUCAGUGUAUCCGACCUGGAGGUGGUUACCUCGUUCAAGGCUAAAAAGAAUCCUUUGAAAGAAUACACCAAACAGGAGAGGCUAGCUCUACACGAUUGGCCCCUGCGGCGAACUGAUCUCAGUCGAUAUUUCGAUCUGGGUGUGGUAGUUUCCUUUGGGCAUUUAAUACCAGAACCAUUGAUUUCGGCUUUUCGAUUAGGGAUGUUGAAUGUUCAUGCUAGCUUACUACCCAAAUUGAGGGGUGCCGCCCCUAUUGUUCAUGCCAUCCGCAACGGUGACUCGGAAACCGGAGUCACCGUAAUGAAAAUCAAACCGAAGCAUUUUGAUGUGGGAGAGGUUCUGGAUCAACGAAAAGUUUCUAUCUCCAGAGAUGUUCUCAUGCCCGAACUUCACUGUCAAAUGGCACAAGUAGGUGCCAGUGCACUGAUGCAUUGCAUUGCAAAUCUAGACCACUAUUAUGCUAAUUUAAAGGAGCAAAACAGCUGCGAUGCUACUUAUGCCCCAAAAAUAGAUGCACACUUUGCUGACAUCCGGUGGACGGAAAUGGACGCCCUGCAGGUGUACAAUCUGUGGCGAUCUUUGUAUUCCUACAAACCACUCACUACGCGGCUGGGACAGGAGCUAGUCAAAAUAUUCGAAUUGUCUUUUGACCCAGGGUCGAAGGAAGUGGACGCUCAGAAACAGCCACCUGGUUUGAUUCGAUACUGUUGGAAGAGGAAACUGCUGACGGUUUGUUGUCGCGAUGGCCGGUGCGUUUCGGUGCAGCAACUCGCGAUAGGAGGUAAAAAAGCCGUCACCGCCCAGGAAUUCUACAAUGGGUAUCUGAGUAAGAAAGAUCCCUCGGAGAGGCUGUUUGACACUGGGUAGUACAUUUAUUAAUUGUUAA